AUGGCCUCUACCGCACCAAAAGUCCCCCUCCCUGAGCGCCGAGAUCCUCCUGAAGUGAUCGACCAGCAAGCAUCAAAGCUAGUCGAGCUCAUCAAGAGGAGCAAGCACUUUAUCGUCUUUACGGGCGCAGGAGUGUCAACAUCCGCAGGCGAGUUACUCCAUCCAGUACCGCAUAACAAUAGCUCAUAUAGCAUCCAAAAUACAGGUAUUCCCGACUUUCGUGGUCCUGAAGGUGCCUGGACACUCAGAGCCCAGGGGAGAGCGCGCACCACCAAGGCCGUGAGCACUCUUCAGGCGGUCCCGACACCGAGCCACAUGGCGCUGCUGGAACUCCAAAAUCGAGGCAUUAUGAAAUAUCUCGUCAGUCAGAAUUGUGAUGGACUACACCGAAGAAGUGGUAUCCGGCCGGACAUGAUCUCGGAGCUUCACGGAAACAGCAAUCGUGAAUGUUGCAGAGAUUGUGGAAAGGAAUACAUCCGCGACUUUCGCGCCGUCGCAACGUACGAAAAGACUGUCCGUGAUCAUCGAACAGGCCGCACAUGUACCCGUUGCGGAGGCCUUCUCCACGACAGCAUCAUCAACUUUGGCGAGGACCUACCCGCCGAGGCGUUUCAGCUAGCAACCGACCAUGCCGAGAAGGCCGAUUUGUGCCUCGUCCUUGGUUCAUCUCUAACUGUCACUCCAGCGAGUGGUAUACCGCAGAUCUGUGGGAUGAGGCGAAAUGCCAAGCUCGUCAUCUGCAACCUCCAGAAUACGCCUUUUGAUCGUAUUUCGGAGAUGCGCGUUUACUCCGAGGCGGAUAAUCUGAUGACACGAGUAAUGCAGGGACUAGGGCUCCCUAUUCCUACCUUCAUUCUCAAACGAAGACUGGUCAUUAAGGCAGAGACGGACAGCAACGAUCGUCAGUCUCUGACGCUUAGCGGGGUCGAUGUUGACGGUACACCCGUAUCAUAUCUCCAAUCUGUCAAACUCGAGUACAACAGACGACUUCUUCGGUCUGAACCGUUCACGUUCAGCUUUCGGUCUGCUUUAAGCCCUGGCACAGACCUCAAGUUUGAGCUUGAGUUUAUGGGUCAUUAUAAUGAGCCGAAUUUAGUUGUGGACUAUCAGGUUCAAGACGGCGAGGGCCAUGAGGCGUUUUAUGAUCUUCACUAUGACCCUAGUACGGGAGAGUGGAUGACAAUUAGAUGA